CUGGGAGGCUGGGAGUCCACUGAUGACUGAACGCUGAAGCCCUUCCGCCGUUCCGCGCCACCAUGCGCCCACCACGGCUCCGCGCCGCCGCCGCCUCUCCGCCGCUCCCACGGCGCCGCAUAUGCACCGACGCUGCCGCCGCCACCUCCUCCGCGGCAUCUUCCUCUCCUUCCUCGCCGCAGCAGGGCGCCGCCCAGCCCCUCUCCGCCCAAUUCGCCAGACCCCUCGCCGCCCGUGGCCCUGCCGUCGCCGAUGACCUCGCCUCCUCCCUCCGCGCGCUCCUCGCCUCCUCGCCCACGCACCCGCGCGCCUUCCCGCUCCUCCGGUCCGCCGCGCUGCAGGCGCGCCUCCCACCGGACGCGCUCGUGGACGCCGUCCUCUCCGCCGCGGACGCCGGCUCUCCGGCCGCGGCCGCGCUCCUCAGCAGCCUCCUCGCCUGCCUCUCCCGCUCCGCCCGCGAUUGCUCGGCAGCCACGGCCGCGUACGCCCGCAUGGUCGCCCGGGGCGUCGUCCCGGACGCCAAGUCCCGCACCGACCUGCUCGUUGUCACGGCGCGGAGCGCGUCGGCCGCGGACGCGCUCGCGGUGUUCGACGAUAUGCGGAGUAAGGGGUACCACGCCGACGCAAUGAUGUACGACGCCGUCAUGCGGGCCUGCGUCAGGGGAGGGAUGCAUGGGGACGCCGUCAGGCUGUUUGACGAAAUGGCCAGUGCCGGGGUCAAGCCCGACGAGCACGUGUAUUCUCUCAUAAUCGCAGCCUUGUGCAAGCUGCACGAUGUGGACAGAGUGCUCCAGGUGCUGGGGGAGAUGAGGGAGGCAGGCAUCAGGCCAUGGGACUCGUACAAUUACGUGGUGGAUGCGCUCGUGAAGGCAGGAAGGAUGGAGGAGGCACUGCAGGUUAAGGAUCAGAAGCUGCUAGCUGCUGGAAAGAAGAUGGAUGUGGUUCUCGCGACGACGUUAAUGCAUGGGUAUUGCUUGCAUGGUAAAGUUGGGAAAGCACUGGAUUUGUUUGAUGAGGUUGUCAGGGAUGGUUUGGCACCUACCAUUGUAACAUAUGGGGUUCUGUUAAAAGGUUGUGAUGCAGAGGGGAUGACAGAUAAGGCAUACGAGCUAUGCAGACAGAUGAUAGAGCAGGGAUUGUUGUCAAGCGCAUAUGAGUUCAAUUUGGUGAUCAAAGGUCUCUUGCGAGACAAACGGUGGGAGGAUGCCAUCGGCUUGCUUGAGGUUGUGGUUGAUACUGGGGUACUGGAUGUCUACACAUACAAUUGUCUAAUUCAUUGGCUCUGUCAGCAUCACAAACUCCGCGAGGCACUCAACUUAUGGGAGAAGAUGAAGGAAACAGGAAUAAAACCAUCUAUUGUGACAUACCACAGCUUGCUGCUGGGUUACUGUGAGAAGGGGCACAUGGAUGAAGCACUCAGGUUAUACUCUGAGAUGCCUGGGAAAGGAUUCACACCUAACGAAGUCACUUACACAACUCUGAUGAAAGGUUACAUCAAAAAGAACUCUUUUGACAAGGCCUAUGCCCUCCUCGAUGAAAUGCAUCAGCAUGGGGUUUCUUGCAAUGACUAUACAUAUAACAUUCUCAUAAAUGGACUUUGCAUGGCCAAUCGUGUAUGUGAAGUUGAUGACAUGCUGAAGAGAUUUAUAAGUGAAGGUUUUGUUCCAACCGCAAUGACAUACAAUAGUAUCAUCAAUGGAUUUGUGAAAGCUGGUAUGAUGGGCUCAGCAUUUGCUAUGUAUCAGCAGAUGUGUGAGAAAGGUAUAACUCCCAAUAUAGUAACAUAUACCAGUUUUAUUGAUGGUUAUUGUAGGACAGACUGCUGUGAUCUGGCAGUGAAGCUGCUCAAUGACAUGAGGCACAAAGGCAUUCAACCUGACAUUGCUGCAUACAAUGCUUUCAUAAAUGGGUUCUGCAAACAGGGGAAUAUGUCACAUGCACUCCAGUUUUUUGUUCUUCUAUUGAAAGAUGGUUUAAAACCAAAUGUUAAUGUCUACACUAGUUUUAUUACAGGGUACAAGAAUUUGAAAAUGAUGGAAGGAGCUUCAAGGUUCUAUUAUAGCAUGCUCAAAGAAGGAAUUGUUGCUGAUACAGCAACCUAUACAACCUUAAUUGAUGGGUUCUCAAAAGCUGGCAAUGUAGCCUUUGCUUUGGACCUGUACUCAGAGAUGUUGGCCACUGGCAAUAUUCCUGAUGAUAAAACUUUCACAGCAUUAAUACAUGGCCUUUGCCGAAGUGGAGACAUUGAUGGUGCUAAGAAGUUAUUGGACGAGAUGAGAAGAUUAGAUGUAGGUCCAAAUGUUUUUACUUAUAACAUGAUGAUAAAUGCAUACAUCCGUGAUGGUAAGCUGCAAGAGGCAUUCCAAUUGCAUGAUGAAAUGCUGAACAGCGGAGUUGUGCCUGAUGAUACUACAUAUGAUAUACUAGUUGGCUUGAAACCUGUGGAAGCGAGUCCCGCAGAUGCAGAAAAUCCUGUUCUAAAUUCUGCCAGUUAAAGUAUGAAGAUCCUUAAGUCAGGCUUGAGCAGAUUGAAAUUUCCAUUGUAUGACACUGUUCAGAUGGGAAAUUUGCACUGUAAAUAAAUUGACGUUUUGACAAUGUCAUAUGAAAGCGAAGGUAAGAAGUGGAACAUGAAUGUAACCAAUAUCUUUUCAUUUUUUGACUUCUACAUCACUGUUGAUUCUUUAUUCCACUCCAACAUUCCUUUGUCUUUUAUCUUUCGUAAUUACCCUUUUCCAAUACUUUUCUUAGUUCUUUUUUAUCAAAACUUUCAGUUCAGUCUUUGGUUGUAAGGUUCAGCUGAUAUUAUGUGUACCUUGUGGAUGUUCUGAAUUCAAACACUUUAGUUGUUGGAUCUGACCUGAAUA